CUCGCCCUGUAGAACCCCGCAUUUUCGCAUGAACACAGCCACAGCCGUCUCCCAAAGCGAGCCCCGCUUCGAGAAGUGAAUAAUUAAUUAAAUUAAUGCCCGGACUCCGCGGUUCGUAUCUCUCUGCUUGUUUGUGGAAAUUACGCUCGAAUUGAACAUUGCUUAACACUCGUCCUCCCGGUCCCUGACUUGUGUUUACAAUGCAUUGCCUCGUGGAAAACGGGAGUUAAUUCUAUGUGGACACCGUUGGGGUAUUGUGAAGUUUUGUGAUCAGUUCGAGAGAGCAAUCCUGACAAUGUUCCAACACGUGUGCAAGGUGUCGGCUCAGUGGAGACCACGAGCUGAUUCGUCGAGUUCUUCCUCCUGAUUUUUUUAUAUUUUUUUUACAGAAAGGCGGUGUUUACUGUGCGUGUGGCCAUUUCAGAACAAAUAUUUCUAUUGAGUAUACUCUUUCUUCUUCUCGGAGCAUUCUAUGGCGUGUCAACCGUUAUCAAACCACGGCCGAAAAUUGUAUGGUCGCUUUUACAGACUUCACCGUACGGUCUGGAAUGUACAUUUCAAUAAUUGAUUUGUUUUCCAUAAACUGCUGGACGGCACAUUCCUAUUAAAGUCUGUGUUAACUGCUUAAAGUGAAAGGCUUUAUCCGACGCGUCAUUUUCCUUCCUUCUACGGACAGCCGCAACUUGGCUUUUUUGUUUUCUUGGAUAAAAGUGGCAAAGGAGUAGCACAAUUAACAGUAUCAUGGGAAAGGUGGCGCUGUUGGUGGGACGAGUAAUGGCGCGCGUGAGUCUAAAACAGCUGGUGGUCGCUGUGAUUUCUUCGCUGGGGGCCCUCCUUCUCUGGAGAAAUUCGUCACCACAGGUUCACUUGAAAUUAAGGGCAUAUUCAUUCCCUUACAUGAAAAGCAGAAGUCUUACAUCGUGGGAAAGUCUCGUCCCCCUUGACCGAAACAUGAGUGAGACUCUUCAAAACAGAAACGACAGUCUACACGUGACCACCACAGAAACUGAACACUUUCUUUCAACACACGCACAAACGGCAACUCCGGGGAAGGACCAGAAUCGUCGAAAGAAAGUGAUUGUAAUGUCGUAUAUGAGAUCCGGGUCCACUUUCACUGGGGACCUAUUCCAAUUCAGCCCUGAUGUGUUCUACUUUUACGAGCCUUUGCUGUACAUGUCUGAUAUGGAUGAGGUUCCCAGGAACCUCCACGUCAGAAGACGGCUGGAAAGUGUGUACCAGUCUUUGAAUGACCCUCCCAACCCUCUACCUUUCACUCUCAAGAUGUUGUCCUGUAAUGUAAGUGCUCACGACUUGCGCUUUCUGGCCGGACUGAAGCUCAGCCGGUCGACUGGAGACAUCAGCUCCUGCAAAUCUGUCGGGAUGGGGGAGCAGUGGAGGGAGGAGUGUGCUAGGGACAUCGGCGACAGUUGCAGAAAGCACCCAACUGUCGUAGCAAAGAUCCUGAGACUGAAGAUGUGGGAGGUCGAAGAGCUCCUGUCCAACGACCCUGACCUCAAGGUCAUCCAUUUGGUUCGUGACCCAAGGGGCGUGGCCGUAUCGAGGUGGGAUGCACACUAUUUCUUCUACUACAUAUCCUUCUGCAUCAGGCUUAAUACUGACGCUAAAGACAGUGCCAGAAUGCAAAGUAUAUUCCCUGGGAGAAUUCUGACUAUCCGUUAUGAGGACCUGGCAGAGUCGCCCAUCCCGGUGGCGCGAAAACUGUACGAGUUUGCAGGAAUCCCCUGGUCGGAUGACGUCGAGGCCAGAACGCGAGAAAUAACCGGGCCUACAAACGAGUCUUUCAGGGAGCAAAAGUUUGGAACGAAAAGGAAAAACUCGUCAACUACUGCCACUAAGUGGAGGUCGAAGAUUGAUUUGCCCUUUGCUUUAAAUUUACAAGUUGAAUGUAGUGGUGCCAUGGGGAAAUAUGGCUAUAGAAAGGUGACCUCUUUAUCGGAUGUACGCAAUGUGAAUAUAUCUUUGACUUUACCUUCAUUUGACGACGUAUAUUCAACAAUUAAACUUUGAAGACUGUGAGUUACACUCAUUGAGGACACGUAUUCUGGUCAUUUGACAACACUCCGCUACCUUAGAAUUACAAAGUUCCAUCAGCUCAGUACCUAGCUUUGAGAAAUGCGACGUCAAUUAUUUUUAGCUUUACAUCAUGUCAUUCCUUUUCGAAUGCAAUUCUCUGAAUAUCUUGAUAACGGUUGCGAACAAUUUUAUGAUUUUG